CCUAACCCUAAGUCAUUUCCACUGUCCAUGAUUCUUUCUAAUCUACCAUCCCAUACACCGUCAAAGCCACUCCCUACCUAUGCCACAACCCUCAUUGUCUUAGCAGCGGCAUACUCAUCGGCGUUGCUUUCACCCCAAUUCCACUAAUCUAACGUACAGUCCAAGAUCAAUUCAGUUAUCUUAGCAAUGGCAGGGAGAGAAGUUCGAGAGUACACCAAUCUUACAGAUCCUAAAGAUAAGAAAUGGGGAAAGGGGAAAGAUAAAAUUGAUGAUGAAGACAUCACUUUCCAGCGCAUGGUUGCCAAGAUGCAAGAGGUUGCUGGAGAACGUGGAGGCUACCUUCAUGGGCGAGGCGCCUUGGACAGCGAUGACUUACUUUAUCUCAAGGAGCAGAUGGAAGCCGAAGAGGAUGCAGAACGCCUCCUUCGACGGACUGAGAAACGAGCAUUUGCUGCAUUUAAAAAAGCUGCAAGUUUAGCAGAUUCUUCGCCUGCAUCCGUUCCCUUGCCUCUCCGCGUUGAGCCAAAGCCAAAAAGUGGGAUUAGGCAGCAGGAUCUAUUGAAGAAAGUGGUGGAAGUUAAACCUAAACGACCAAAAGUUUCAGAUGGAAAUCAUUUUACACCAACAUCAAGUGAUCAUUCUUCAGCAAACUCCUCCAAGGCUGUUGAGAAGAAAGAGUGCUUUUUAUCAAAACCAGGCAAAAUAGACGAGAAUAAUGAGGAGAAUGCAGCUAAAAAUGAUACUGGGCAGGAAAAUCCUGUUAAACGUUUGCUGGGCUUAGCAUAUGCAAGUUCUGAUGAUGAAGAUGAAGACUGAGGAUUCAGUAAUCAUGUGUUGAAUCGACUAUAGUUAUGUGAUCAAUAACAAUAUUUCAUUCUCUUGCCUCCACACUUUGUCAGUGAUUUCUGUUUGACAAAGCUCAUGUAGAAACUAAUAUCAUACCCUGCAAAUAGAGAACAUGAAAUUUUGUGCA